AUGGCCGCGACCAAGAUCCGAGUCCCCGUCCAGCACUGGAGGUCUCUCCGCCGCCUCGUCGCCUCCCGCCUACGAUUCGUAGUCCUCGGCGCCCUGGUGUGGUCCCUGCUCUACCUCUGCUUCGGCGCGCAACCCGCUCGUCUGGAUGGCCUCGUUCCCGUUUCGACGCGGUCUCGGCUAUUUGGCCCCGGGCCCGGGCCCGUCUCGGCUGGGCCGCCUCCGCUCCCGCCUCGCAUCCCCUGCUAUGGCCCCCGCGGCCGCCUGCUGUCCAAGAGCCCGGACGACGCCCUGCAGAUUGUCAACCUGACCGUCGCCUACCCCACGCCCUUUAUUGGCUCGCAGCGAGAGCUCGGCCUCGAGCAGACUUGGAUGACGGCCGACGGGCGAUACGGACCCUACGGCUUCGGAGAGAAUCGUGACGGUUACAACCGCUCCCGCGUCGACUGGGACGGCGUUGACUGGGGCCAGCUCCAGGACGACUGCCUUGCCCGCAACGCCAAGCGCUUCCCUCGCUCCAAGCCCUCGUCCCAGGUCAAGUACGAGCCCAGGACGGCCCUCGUUAUCCGCGGCUACUCCAAGUUCAAGUUCAAGGCCGAGGAUCUCUGGAACCUGCGCUCCAUCAUCACCGAGACGGCUCUCAAGUCGGGCGGCGAGUACGCCGUCUUUUUCCUCCUCCACGUCCAGGAUAGGCGGAAGAACAUCUUUGCCUCGCGCCGCAACUACUAUGCCGCGCUCCGCGAAGCCAACAUUCCCCCAGAGUUCCAGUCCAUGGUCGUCCUCUGGGAUGAUCACCUGCUCGAAUCGUGGUAUGACCUAGUCAAGGAGCACAGAACCAUGUGGCAAGUGAAUCAGCCGCUGCAGCUCUUUGCACUGCACUUUCCCGAGUUCGAUCACUACUGGCAGAUUGAGCUGGAUCAGCGCUUCAUGGGCGACGCCGGGGCUCACCUCGACGCCGUCGCUGCUUUUGCGCUCAACGAGCCGCGCAAGCAGGCGCUCGAGAGGUCCUCGUACGCCUUCAACGAGGACGUCCAUGGCACGUACGCAGACCUGAUGCUGGAUGUCGACAUGGCCAACCAGGGAAAGUCGAGGGCCUGGGGGCCGAUGCGCAUCCCCGACGUCGUCCCCGUUGGCCCGAUGCCGCCCGUCAAGAACCCGGAAGAAGACGACUUCACGUGGGGCGUGGGCGAGGAGGCCGACAUUAUCGUCAGCAGCUUCUGCGCCGACGUCCAUCACGUCGACUGGAUAUUCCGCGGCUACACUGAGGGCCUGCUCGCGGGCGGCGAGACGCCGAGGUGGUACUGCCCGCCGGCCAUUGAGCGCGUGAGCCGCACCAUGCUCAUGCUGACGCACCAGGCCCAGCACGACGACGGCCUGAGCGUGCCGAGCGAGGCCGUCUUCCCGACCUGGGCCAUGUGGCACGGGCUCAAGCUCAGCUACCCGCCGCAGCCGGCCUACAUGCGGCCGCGCGACCCGGGCGUCGGGGACGGGGAGGAGACGUCGCGGAAUCCGGACAACUGGCGACACCCGGAGCGGACGCCGUGGUUCGGGCAGACGCCGGACCGGAGCCGGGACGGCAUGUCGCACGCCAACCCGCAGAGCCUCGCCGACUCGGGGCUGACGUGGUGGUGGACGUCAGAAUGGCCGCGCGAGAUCAUGGACGUUUGGCUCGAGGGCGAUACCAGCGCCGACGCGAUGCCGGGCGUCCUGGCCAUGGAGGACGGCGAGGUCUACGUGCCCAACUUUGCCAUGCAUCCCGUCAAGUCGUAG